GCCCGAAGAAUGUUUGAAGGUGAGAUGGCAAGCUUAACCGCCAUCCUGGAAACAGACACAGUGAAGGUGCCCAAGCCCAUUAAGGUCCUCGAAGGCCCAGGAGGUGGGAGCAUGCUGGUGAUGGAGCAUCUGGACAUGCACUCUCUGAGCAGUCAUGCUGCCAAGCUUGGAACCCAGCUAGCAGAUCUGCACCUGGACAACAGGAGGCGUGGGGAGACACUGCGCAAGGAGGCCAGCACCGUGGGGAGAGGAGGCGGGCAGGCAGGGCGGCCCUUCGUGGACCAGUUUGGGUUUGCCGUGGUGACCUGCUGUGGGUACCUCCCCCAGGUGAAUGACUGGCAGAAGGACUGGGUGGCUUUCUAUGCCCGGCAGCGCAUCCAGCCCCAGAUGGACAUGGUGGAGAAGGAGUCCGGGGACCGGGAGGCCCUGGAGCUCUGGUCUGCUCUGCAGCUCAAGAUCCCUGACCUGUUCCGUGACCUGGAGGUGGUCCCAGCCUUACUGCACGGGGACCUCUGGAGUGGGAAUGUCGCAGAGGACGCGUCUGGGCCUGUCAUUUUUGACCCAGCCUCUUUCUAUGGCCACUCGGAGUACGAGCUGGCGAUCGCGGGCAUGUUCGGGGGCUUCGGGAGCGCCUUCUACUCCGCCUACCACAGCAAGAUCCCCAAGGCCCCAGGGUUCGAGAGGCGCCUCAAGUUGUACCAACUUUUUCACUACUUGAACCACUGGAACCAUUUCGGGUCUGGGUACCGAGGGUCUUCCCUGAAGAUCAUGAGGGAUCUUGUCCGUUGAGAGGCCUCUGAGGAGGCCAAGGCUGCAAUUUCGGGUGCGCGAGUCUGGCCGGCACCCCGGCUGGGCCCCUGCCGCCCUCCGGAGCCCUCCUGGUUUGCCUGUGUGGCUGCGUAGCUCCUUUCCUGCGCUGUUAAGUGGCUUCUCUCCCAGAGGAAGGUCUGGUUCUGAGGUUGAACGUGUGUUAGACUUCACCCCGGAAGGGGUCCCCAGCAGACGGGUUGCGGGCCGUGCUGCUCUCCAAGGCAGAGGGACCAUGAGUGAGCUCGCGUUGGUGGGGAGGCCGUCCAGUGCACAGGGAGGGCCAGUGUGCCACCGCGGCCCCAAGGGCACCGUCCUGCCUCUGCCUGCACCUGUGUCGGGACCCUCCAGGUGGGGAGGACUUGAGUCUAGGCCUGACGACAUCCCACGAGAAGUCUCUUACGACCGAUUCCAAAAUCGAGCACAUUCCCUCGUCUCUGUGUUCUCUGGACCAAGCUGCUAGCCUCGGGUGUCCUGGGCACGUCGGCAGCCUGGGCCGGCAUGCCGCGGUGUUCCCCACCUCAGUGCUGCAGUGGUGAGCUGUCUUCCCUGUGUGGCAUCCAUGCUAAUGCUAACGAAGUCCUUGCCUAAAGUUUGAGUAAACUUGCAGUGGUUUAAAUUCUGGA